CAGGAUGGGGAGAUUCUUCAUCAUGGCAGAAAGUCUCUCAUGGAGAUUGAUGACCAGCUAGAACUUUGUCUUAUCCGAAGCACAUUAAAUGACAAUUUUUGUGUCCAGGUGAGUGUCUUGGUCCGUCUGGUUUGGCGUUCAGUUUGGUUUCUAUCCAACAUCUUUAAAACCCGCGAAACUGCCGAACUAGUCCGGGUGGUUGAGGAGCAGACACAUAUCUGUCUCUCUGUCCUAAGGGUAAUUACCAAAGUCAUCGCUGGUAAGUCGAGCGAUGCGGAGGAAAUUGCGUCCAAUGUGACGCAGUGGCUGAACGACACCCAGCCCUUCCCCUUCCGCGAAUCCAGUCAAGUAUACUCAGACAGGGCCACGGAAAGGUACCGACGGAAGAUUACUCGUCAACAUGACGCCAUCGGAUACCAAGCACUUGUCAUCCUACAUGCUCUUCCAAGCCUCCUCGAUGAGAUCAACCCAGGCACCAAGAACGAGCGUAUGCUGGCUCGUAACGAUCGGGAACAAGCCAGAAUGUCACCAUCCGAGAGCGCUCUCCUGGCCAGGCAGAGAAGAGUCGAAGAACUGGGACAAGAGAGAGAGUCUCGAAUUCAAGAUAUAAAAUCUUAUAUAGACGGGCUGCCGUCGCCUAAGAGGUCUCUGAUUGUUACCAUUCGGGUGCCAGAUAGAGGAGAUCGGUGA